GCGGUGACGCGCGCGUGACGCGCGCGGUGGGCGGGGCGCGGCGGCGGCGGCGGCGGCGUCCCAAGAUGGCGGAGCUGGACCUGCUGGGCUCCAUCCUGAGCGCCAUGGAGCGCCCGCCCGGCCUGGCCGACGGCGAGGCGCGGCGGCGCGCGCGGGAACAAGCCGCUCGGGUGAAGAAGCUGCAGGAGCAGGAGAAGCGACAGAAGGUCGAGUUCAGGAAGCGGAUGGAGCAGGAGGUGUCCGAGUUCAUCCAGGCCAGCGGGGAGCCGCGGCGGCGCUUCCAGCCCAUGAGCAAGAUCGAGAGGAGCAUCCUCCACGACGUGGUGGAGGUGGCCGGGCUGACGUCCUUCUCCUUCGGCGACGACGAGGAGAGCCGCUACGUCAUGGUCUUCAAGAAGGAGUUCGCCCCCUCGGACGAGGAGCUGGAGGCCUAUCGCCGCGGCGAGGAGUGGGACCCGCAGCGGGCCGAGGAGAAGCGGCGCCUCCGGGAGCUGGCGGCGCAGCAGGAGGAGGCGGAGCUCCGCCGCGGCCCCGCCCCCGUGAGCCCCCUCAGCGACUACAAGGACAAGUACCGGCACCUCAUCGGCACCGCCGCCGCCAAGGCCGCCGCCCGCACCAUGGAGGCCAACAAGGCCUACGGCUGCGUGCCGGUGGCCAACAAGCGGGACACGCGCUCCAUCGAGGAGGCCAUGAACGAGAUCCGGGCCAAGAAGCGGCUGCGGCAGGCGGAGGACGAGGGCGGCGCCGGCGGAGCCUCGGCCUAGGGGGGCCCAGGAGUCCGGGGGCGAGGGGGGGGGCGGGGGGGGGGCCAGGGGCGGCGCGGGGCCGCGGGGCUUCCGCUUGCGCCCAUAAACCGUCUCUGCUUGAA